AUGGGAUUAGAUGGAGAAAGUCUGAAAGUUGACGUUCAUGUGCUCUGCAUAACAGCCCACUCAGAAAUGCUAGAAUCAUUGUUAAGCGGUGCCUUCAAAGGGAAAGGAUUUCAGAAAAUAAAUCUAAUGAUACAAGAAAAAGACAAACAUGUCCCUCAGAAGUGUAAGAAACAAUUGUUAAAUCAACUUGACAAAGCUCUGAAAAAGGCUCUGAGAACGUUAAAUACACUUUUGGCUAAUAUCACCCGUGAGGAGAAGAAGGUCUUUGCUGACUCUGAAGAGAUGUGCUUGCUUAUGAAGGAAUUUGUGAAAACUAUUCAGGAUGUUGGUGAUUAUGAUAUUCAGGUUGCUUUUGUUGAAGCCCUGUUUAGGAUGAUGUUGAAAAAGUACCGAGAUGAAAUGGUUCACAGUUGGUUUGAAGAUCAAUAUAUCAGUAAGAUUUUUAGAGAAAUCAAGGAUGAAGACUUUGAGACAGAUAGCAGAAAGUUUCUUAACAACCUAAAUGAAAGACUUGGUGAUAAAAGAAAGAUCUAUUCAAUUCCAUGUAAAGCUGCUUAUGCUGAACUGACUGAGCUAAAGAAACCUCCUGAGGACAAACUUGAAGAGUUUUGGAUUGACUUCAAUUAUGGAAGUGAGAGCAUUACAUUCUAUUCACACUGCCUAGAGGACAUACUUUGGGAGUCAGUAAGAUUGCCAAAGGAAGACAUCAACAAUUAUUACUUACGGGACCAAGAAGGAGAAAAGAUUCUUAUAAUCACCAUGAGAAGGUCUGUUGUGAUCAACAAAGCAGAAAUCACCAAGAUCAGAAUUCACUUUGAUAGCAAGUUUGCUGUUUUAGCACCACUCCUUAAAGCUAUCGGAAAAGAUAAAAUGUAAGCAUUCGGCCGGAGAGGAAAGAAGAUCAUACAGAAAUAGAUUCCUUAUCAGAUAUUCUGACAUCAAGCCAAAGCAAUGAAUCGGUUACUCCUGUAAUAAUAAAGAAAAUAAUUAUUCCUGAAGAAACUGUGGUCAAUGGAGAGAACGAGAGCCAACAGCUGGAAAACGAAGAUGGAUUUCAAG